UCAGACAGUUUUAUGUUCUGGCCAAACGUGGCUCUCGAGUGCUGAGUUUCCGAGUUCCCAACUGAACACGAAGGAGCCGUAAAAUGUCGCAGCUGCCAUUGCUGCUGCUUGUGGUUUCUGCAUCCGUGGCCCUGGGAGCAUACAGUUCCUCCACUGACGAGUCCGGGUCGGCGGACGCCUCCAACGCGAUUGGGGCAACCAAGUGCGACAAGAACCCGCUGAGCGAACUCACCUUCCAGCUGAGUGGGAGCAGCCUCCUCUGGCCCUGCGAGUCCACCAAGAACAUUUACGUGCAGUCCGGCAGAUAUGUUCCCCGGAAUGUGAUCGUGACCAGGGCCCAGCUGCAGAAGGACUCGGCUUUCGUGGCCCUGCCCAGGUACAAGCAGGGCGUGCCCUUCACCCUCGGCAAGGUCAACCUGAAGAAGGGCGAGUGCCUUACUAAGAUCGCCCCGUAUCCUUGCUGGGCCAUCCAGGAGGAGGGCAACUGCCAGGCCCUCCAAUCCGUCGUGGACAUCGCAGUCGAUCCGAAUGGACUUCUUUGGGCCUUGGACGUGGGCAUUGUCAACACCCUGGAGCAGCCCAUCCGCCGGUGCGGCCCCAAGAUUGUGGCCAUAAACACGGCCAACAACAAGGUGGUCAAGAGCAUCGAUCUGAGUGACCUGGUCACCUCUGAGAGCCGCCUGCAGUUCAUUGUGGUCGACUACUCCAAGGACAAUAAGCCAUUCGUCUAUGUGGCUGACGCCGGAGCCCGGAGCAUCCUGGUGUACGACCUCACCGGCAACAAGUCGUACCGCAUCGUCCUGCCGAAGGCGACGGCCCCCACGAGCGACGUCCUGUACGUGGCGCUCACCUCCAAGCCGGACGGCACCUCCACGCUCUUCUUCAGCUACCUGAGCUCGCCGCGACUGUACUCGAUCAAGGGCGAGUACCUGCGCGUGGGCCAGGGGGCGGGCUCCAUCAUCGACGUGGGACCCAAGCCGUACGGGAAGCAGGCGGUGCUGCUGGGCGCCGACGGAGGCACCUCGCUCUUCUUCCGCUACAAGGGCGAGAACGACAUCUACCUGUGGGACUCGGAGACCUGCUUCAAGGCCGCCAACCUGCAGGAGGUGCAGCGGGGCGGCGACUGCCGCCUCUCCACCCAGGUGCUGCCGGGCCACAAGCGGUUCAUGUGGGCGCUGGAGAGCAACUUUCACGACUUCAUCGCGGACCGAACCGGCUGCAACGGAGCCUCGAUUGUCCUGCAUCCCGUGGUGAGGGAGUGCGACGACUGACCUUCUUUUCUGCUUAGGUCUAAGCCUUGAAUUGUGUUGUUUUCUUUAUAGGGUAUCAGUAAAAAUGUGAAAGUUUUAAAUAGGAAA